CCGCACACCAUUCAAAUCUCUAUUUUUCUUUCUUACUCCUUAUAAAUCUUUUACUUUCUCUCUCCUACUUUUAUUACAUACAGUAGAAAUCCUUUGAAACUAGUCUUUUUUUUUUCACCACAAUUUUUUUAUUUUUUAUUUGGAGAAAAAUAAUCUGGGAUUUCAAAGGUGAUUUUUUUGCUGAAUGCUGUUGAUUGGAUCAGAUGUGAGGGUUUGGAGCUCUAAUGCCUGGUUAAUUUGGGCGGUGGAAAAAUUUAUUAGAGGAUGGAGUCAUGUGAUUGCAUAUAUCCACUGUGGCAAGAUGAGCUCCUAGUAAAAUACCAAUAUCUGUCGGAUAUUUUUAUUGCCCUAGCUUAUUUCUCCAUUCCUUUGGAGCUCAUUUAUUUUGUGCAGAAGUCAGCAUUCUUCCCAUAUAGAUGGGUGCUAAUGCAAUUUGGAGCAUUCAUUGUUUUAUGCGGGGCAACACAUCUUAUAAACUUGUGGACAUUCUCCAUGCACUCGAAAACAGUUGCUAUAGUGAUGACCAUAGCAAAAAUGUCUACGGCUGCUGUAUCAUGUGUAACAGCAUUGAUGCUUGUCCACAUUAUUCCUGACUUGUUAAGUGUGAAAACAAGGGAAAUGUUUUUGAGAAAUAGGGCUGAGGAGCUUGACAGGGAGAUGGGUCUUAUCCUUACCCAAGAAGAAACUGGAAGGCAUGUUAGAAUGCUAACUCAUGAGAUCAGAAGCACACUUGACAGACACACAAUACUGAAAACUACUCUUGUUGAAUUGGGUCGAACACUUGAUCUAGAGGAGUGUACAUUAUGGAUGCCAUCACAAACUGGCAUGACAAUGAGACUUUCUCACACUUUGAACCACUCAAUGGUAGUUGGAUCUACUGUUUCAAUGAACCUUCCUUUCAUUGCUGAAAUAUUCAACAAUAGUGGAGCAGUAAGAAUACCGCAUACAUGUCCACUAGUGAGGACUAGACCAGCUGCAGGAAGAUAUAUACCCCCUGAUGUUGUUGCUGUUCGGGUUCCCCUUCUACAUCAUUCUAAUUUUCAAAUUAAUGACUGGCCAGAUGUCUCGGCAAAAACCUAUGCAGUGAUGGUUCUGGUAACCCCAUCUGAUGGUGUAAGGAAAUUUCGGGACCAUGAGCUGGAGCUAGUGGAAGUUGUUGCUGAUCAGGUAGCUGUUGCUCUUUCUCAUGCUGCAAUUCUAGAGGAAUCUAUGAGAGCUCGUGAUCAGCUUAUGGAACAGAAUGUUGCUUUGGAUUUGGCUCGUCGAGAGGCGGAGAUGGCAAUUCGUGCUCGUAAUGAUUUUCUGGCAGUGAUGAAUCAUGAGAUGAGAAUACCAAUGCAUGCAAUUAUUGCCUUAUCAUCUAUUCUUUUGGGGACUGAACUAACACCCGAACAAAGAGUAAUGUUAGAAAUUAUACUCAAGAGUAGCAACCUGUUGUCGACAUUGAUCAGUGAUGUGCUUGAUCUUUCCAAAUUAGAAGAUGGUAGCUUAGAGCUAGACACUACCACCUUCAAUCUUCAUGGGGUUUUCAGAGAGGUUAUUCAUUUGAUAAAGCCUAUUGCAUCCAUAAAGAAGCUGUCCUUGACAUUUGGCUUAGCUCCGGAGGUGCCUAUCUGUGCCUUUGGUGAUGAAAAGCGGCUGAUGCAAACAAUUUUAAAUGUUGUUGGAAAUGCUGUAAAAUUUACAAAAGAAGGUUAUAUUUCAGUGACUGCAUCUGUUGCUAGAGCAGAAUCUUUGAGAGAUUGGCGAGCUUCUGAAUUUUACCCUGUCUCGGGUGAAGGUCACUUCUACUUGAGAGUGCAGGUUAAAGAUUCAGGAUGUGGUAUUAACCCACAGGAUCUUCCUCUGCUAUUCAAUAAAUUUACUCAGUUCAACCGAAAUAGUACUGGUGUUGGACUUGGACUUGCUAUUUGCAAACGGUUUGUAAAUCUCAUGGGUGGUCAAAUUUGGAUUGAAAGCGAAGGCCAAGACAAGGGAACUGUAGCAACAUUCCUGGUCAAACUUGGGUUGUGCAAAAAUCCAAGUGAUGCCUUAGUCCAACAGGUUGGAAUUGAAGUUCAUGGAGAACAAGGGAGUACCGAGUAUUUAAGCAAUCAAAUGUUCAAAGACGAUGAUGGCAUCAAUUCAAACUUCCCAUAUUAUGAAAGAAGUUUCUGAUGCUUUUCUUGCCUGCUGCCGCUUCUGUCUCUACCAGUAGUUACACAGUACAAGAAAAUACUAGAAGAUAAAGACUAUUGCGGCACACAACUGCUAAACACCAAUAUACCUCUUAAUUUGACAGGGAAGAGAGGGUGGAUUACCAAGAUGCUAAAUGGAGGACUGGGAACAGCAGCUUCACAUUCAUAAAAUUGAGCUUCAGCAUUUAAAAUGCUGGUUGCAGCAACCACUUGUGCUGAAACAUGAAGUUAAAAACUCCAUCUUCGUAUCAUUUCUUAGUCAAAAGGCGAGGGUUUUGGAAAAGAGGGAGGGGAGAGUAGCCAAUAACUACUAGUAUUGGACUAUAUCUACCCUUAUUAGGAUUGAGAGAAUUAAUUUUUUUUUUUCCAUCUGUUACGACUCAUUGUUAGAGCUCUGCUAUGUAUAUCAUUUGUUUCUUGGUCAUUUUCUGAUACUUGAUUCAGCUAUUUGGUUGAUUCAUGAUGAAUGCACUUGGCUGUUUGUACAUUUUAAACCUCUUCUGGCCAUAGUAAGAAAAAAGUAGGGAUAUAAAAGGAAUCGCUCUCCAUGAA